AUGAAGAUGCUACUUCUCUGGUCGUUGCUCCUUGUCUCCGCGACACCCGUCGCACCGGACUGCGCGCAGGACGUGGCGGCCUACCAGACGGCCGUGGCCGCCGGCGAGCCGUGGGCCGUGCAAAUGCUCGACUCCUCGGUGGUUUUCCCCGACGGCCUCUGGCACAGCGCCCAUCCGCGUUUCGGCCACUUCGAGCGCUGCCUGGCCGCCCCGUCCGCGGCCAAAUACUGCAUGGUGGCCUUCGAAACGGACGCUGUGCCCGUGCGCUGGGUUUUCGUGCGGCGGCAAGAGGCGCUGGCGGCCGUGCGGGCGCAGCUCGCCACCUGCGUGCCGGCCUCGUGCAAUGCGACGCAGGCUGUCCAGGUGGCCGCCUUCAACCUGGCCGCCGUGCUGGACACGCUCGGCGGCCGCCUCAAGCCGUCCUUCUGCUUCGAAGCGGAGCCUUUUGACGCCAAAGCCAUUGCCUUUGCGUGUUUUGCGCUUGUCUUAAUUGGCGUUGUUUUGGGAGCAUCGUUUUCAAGAAAUAAUGUGUCGUGGCUGUCCGCGCAUCACAACGUUCAGCGCCUGUUUAGCGCCUCAUCACCGGGUACAAUCCACUGCGUUCACUCGAUCCGCUUCCUCAGCAUCUGCUGGGUGAUGCUGGGCCACAAGAUCUACACGCUCUGCCUGACCUCCCCUCCGACCAUCACGUCCUCCGGGCCGCCGUGGGUCGCGGCCAUCGUGCUCAACGGCUACCUCAGCGUGGACACGUUCCUGUUAAUGUCGGCGCUGCUGUCUGCGCGUGCCGUGGCCAAAGCCCGUCGGCUGCCCCUGUUGCCCUUCUAUCUGCUGCGCUACCUGCGCCUACUGCCGCCCCUGGCCGUCGUCGUCUUCUUCUACGCGUGCUUCUCCGCUGUGGUGGCCCGAGGACCGCUCUGGCCGCUCUACGUGCAAAAUGAGGCCCUCUACUGCAGACAGCGCUGGUGGUCCACCCUCAUCUUACUCAACAACUACAACGACGUCAAUGUCCCCUCGUGUCUGAGCAAUUCCUGGUUCCUGUCUGUCGACAUGCAGCUAGUUUGGCUCUCUCCUUUGGUUUUAUUCCCGUUGCUGCGGUGGCUGAAAUUUGGAAUUGCUUGGAUCAUCACUCUCUUAGUUGCAACUGCAGCAGCAAUUUUUGCACUGACUUUUGUGUACGACUUGCCGUGGACCAUGAGUGUGCUUGCAAGUGGCGAUAAAAUAGUGCGGUACUGGGAACUGAUCUACACAAACACGCCAUUGCGGGCGCAGCCCUAUCUGAUCGGCCUGCUGCUGGGAUUUUUCCUGGAGCGGCCGGUACGACGACUGCCUCCGAGGGUGGUGGCAUCGGCCUGGUUCGCCAGUCUCAUCUCCGUCGUCGGAGUCGUGUUCACCAUGAUGCUGGACUAUCGCAGCGCACUCGCGGACUCGGCUCUUGCCGCAGCUUUCUACGCCUCCAUCCACAAAAUCGUGUGGUCCUGCUCCCUGGCCUGGAUCAUUUUCGCCUGCCAUAAAGGAUAUGGAGGCCCAAUCAACAAAAUCCUUUCUCUGAGAUUGUGGGUGCCGCUGAGCAGGCUGACGUACUGCACCUUUCUUGUCAACUUGUACGUGAUGACCAUUCAGGUGGGCGCGACGAAGGCAGACUCGCAGUUUUCCGUUUACACACUGUUCCAUGGGCUUUGCGGGGAUUUUGUUAUGAUUCAGUGCUGCGCAUUUAUUCUGUACAUCACCGUGGAAGCUCCGGCCGAUAACUUGCUCAGACUUGCCAGAUUCAAGUUUUUUAAGUAAAAAGUUGAAUAAAAAUAGUUAACUGUAGACAAGGAUGAAAACCAACAAUAACGGGACUCGUCGUUAGAGAAUAAAUGUGAUAAUUAUGUACAUUUGUAUUUGAAUGUGCAUUUUAAUUAAAUUUUCAGCUUCUU